AUGGCAAAGGCACGCACAUCACUGCGCCAUGCAGAGACCAUCGACGUCCACGAGGACGACAUGAGGGAGGACGAGGCCGAAGUGACCCAGGACGAAAGCAUGAACCCGCUCGAAGAAAGUGGGCGCACCAUCGACAGCAGCGACGAGGAAGUCGAAGACUCGGUUCAAGAAGAUAUGGCGCGCUUUGAAGAAUCAUUCGCCGGUAUCAACAAGCGGUUCCGACUUAUCAACCGCAUUGGAGAGGGAACCUUCUCAACCGUGUACAAGGCUGAGGACCUCGAGUAUACAAAGUACAACAACAACUGGGACAUCGACGAGCGAGAGAGAACCAAGUCCAUGCCCCCAGCACACAAGAGGCAAUCCGCCCGGAAGCCCCACUACGUCGCCAUCAAGAAGAUUUACGUCACGAGCAGUCCGAUACGCAUCUUCAACGAACUCGAACUGCUGUAUGAUCUGAGAGAUUCAGACUCAGUAUGUCCCCUCAUUACCGCCUUCCGCCACCAGGACCAGGUUGUUGCUGUAUUGCCCUACUUCCAGCACCGCGACUUCCGCGAUUAUUACCGCGACAUGGACAUUUCUCAUAUGCGCUGCUACUUCAAGAGUCUGUUUACAGCACUAGCGGCGGUACACCAGAAGGGCAUCAUUCAUCGCGAUGUCAAACCUACCAACUUUCUCUACAACACGUCGCAGUCCCGUGGAGUUCUUGUCGACUUUGGUCUCGCUGAGCGCGAGGGUACAGACUGGCACCACUGCCCCUGCCAUUUAGAAGAGGAAGAUCGCCGGCGUAAGAUCACGCACAGUGUCUAUGCGCAGACCCAGUCGGCAGGCCACACCACUUCUGCCUACCCAAAGAACGAUACGCGGAACAGUCGUCGUGCUAACCGUGCAGGUACCCGAGGCUUCCGUGCGCCUGAAGUGCUGCUCAAGUGUACCCAACAGACCGUCUCCAUCGACGUCUGGAGUGUCGGUGUCAUUCUGUUGACCAUGCUUUCAAAGCGCUUCCCGUUCUUCCACAGUGCAGACGACAUCGACGCGCUUCUUGAGAUCACGACCAUUUUCGGACGAAAAAAGAUGCGGGAGACAGCCCUUCUGCACGGGCAGGUUUUCGAGACGAAUGUGCCCAGCUACAGCGAGGGCGGACAUAGUCUGGAGAAGAUCAUUCUAUGGUGCACAGGCCGCACUGGUGACAAGACACAACCGAAGAAGGAGCUCGACGAAGAUGAAAAAGAGGCUGUUCAGUUCUUGUACCAAUUGCUAGAAUGCAAUCCUGCAAAGCGCAUCACGGCGGCUGAGGCGCUCAAGCACCCCUUUAUUACAAAAGCUUACGAGGAGAGCGAAGUAGACGAGGAUACAAAAGAAGACUUUGCAGAGGACUAA